AGCAGGUGGGCUCCUGAGAGAGCAGGGCCGCCUGGCAGCAGCUGGCCGCUCUGACCCGGGCCUCUGCCCUCCAGACAUGGCCCCAGGCUCCCUCGGUUCCCAGCCCUGUGGCCCUUUGGGGGUGAAGACAGCCUAAGCACCGCCACCCCAGGGCCCGUGCCCAUGCCCCUGACACGGGCACAGCCGGCCCCUGGCCCGGAGGCCAUGGAGACGGUGGCUCCAGCUGUGGACCUGGUGCUGGGCGCCUCGGCCUGUUGCCUGGCCUGUGUCUUCACCAACCCCCUGGAGGUGGUGAAGACGCGGCUGCAGCUGCAGGGGGAGCUGCAGGCCCGGGGCACCUACCCUCGGCACUACCGGGGCUUUCUGGCCUCCGUCGUCGCUGUGGUCCGUGCAGAUGGGCUGUGCGGCCUGCAGAAGGGGCUGGCUGCCGGCCUCCUCUACCAGGGCCUCAUGAACGGCGUCCGCUUCUACUGCUACAGCCUGGCAUGCCAGGCCGGGCUCGCCCAGCAGCCGGGUGGCACUGUGGUCGCGGGCGCUGUGGCAGGGGCACUGGGUGCCUUCGUGGGGAGCCCCGCUUACCUGGUCAAAACGCAGCUACAGGCCCAGACGGUGGCCGCAAUGGCUGUGGGACACCAGCACCCUCACCAGAGCGUCCUGGAUGCCUUGGGGACCAUCUGGCGGCAGCAGGGCCUGGCGGGGCUGUGGCGGGGUGUGGGUGGGGCCGUGCCCCGGGUCAUGGUCGGCUCGGCUGCUCAGCUGGCCACCUUCGCCUCCGCCAAGGCCUGGGUGCAGGAGCAACAGUGGCUCCCAGAGGACAGCUGGCUGGUGGCCCUGGCCGGGGGCAUGAUCAGCAGCGUAGCUGUGGUCACAGUCAUGACCCCCUUCGACGUGGUCAGCACGCGGCUGUACAAUCAGCCUGUGGACGGAGCGGGCAGGGGCCGGCUGUAUGGCGGCCUCGCCGACUGCCUGGUGAAGAUCUGGCGGCAGGAGGGCCCCCUGGCGCUCUACAAGGGUCUGGGCCCCACCUACCUGCGCCUGGGUCCCCACACCAUCCUCAGCAUGCUCUUCUGGGAUGAGCUCCGGAAACUGGCCGGGCGGGCCCAGCACCAGGGCAGCUAGGCGGCGUCCUUCACCCUGACACAGCCGGGCCCUUGGCAGGAAGCGACGGCCCGCUCCACCUGGGAACGGCCGUCCCGGAGCCCGCCCAGGCCCAGGCCCUGCCGCAGGUUCGGGGAGAGUGUAGACAGCGGUGGUCAACCCAGCCCCGUGGCCCACCCAGGGCCAACGGAUCCGCCUUGAAUCACCACCCACUCUGUUCUCCAGAAAGCUUCUCUUCCCUCUCUGUCCUGGCCACCCUCCCACCAUGGGCGUGUUCCUAAGGCCUGCACCGACCUUUGUGCUACGGAAGUGGAUGCUGAGUCCCUGA